AUGUCAUCCGAAGCAGUCGUCCCAUAUGAUCCCUCCCAGUACCUCGACUAUUACCUCGUCUCCUUCGGCCCCGACGCCAACUGCACCCUCGCUCUAUGCCCCGUCGAUGCCUCCCUCCAGGGCUACCGGCCCAAAUUCGCAGUGCAAAUCGCGUUUAUCGCGCUCUUCGGCAUCUCCAUGCUCAUUCACAUAGCCCAGGGCAUCCGCUACCGCACCUGGUUCUUCACCAGCAUGAUGGCCGUAGGCUGCAUCGGCGAGAUGAUCGGUUACGCCGGACGCAUUUUGCUGUACAAGAACCCCUUCUCCUUUGACGGCUUCAUAGUCGAGAUUUGCUGCAUCACCAUCUCGCCCGUCUUCUUCGCUGCCGCCAUCUACGUCUCGCUUGCCAAGGUCACGAAUUAUUUGGCCCUUGAAGCUAAUAGGUUUCCGGCCAAGGUAUACAUCUGGGUGUUUGUGCCUUGCGAUGUUGUGAGUUUGAUUUUGCAGUCCGUGGGCGGUGCGUUAUCGUCGAGUUCCGAGGGAGGUGACAAAUCAGGCGAGUACAUCACGCUUGCUGGUCUGGCGUUCCAGGUCUUCACUCUAUCGGUCUUCAUCGCGAUGGCCUUGGACUACGUCUUCCGCUACCUCUCGUACCGUAAAUCUCAGCCAGUGGACCAACGCCGGAUCCUCUCGAUGCGCUUCAAGCUCUUUAGCAUUUUCUUCUCGGCAUCUAUCAUCUUUAUUCUCAUCCGUUGCUGCUACCGUAUUGCCGAGCUCGGUCAAGGAUACAGUGGGGCACUCUUCCACGACGAGCCUCUGUUUGUUGCGCUGGAGUCGGUAAUGAUAAUCCUGGCAGUGUUCGCUUUGAACAUUGCUCAACCAGGCUUCGCAUUCCAGAAUCGCACUCAGGAAGAAGCAACCUAUGGUAAGGUUGAAAUUGAACUUCAAAAGACGUCAACUGCAAGAGAACCUCUGACCCAACAAUAA